UCAAUCUUAAUUUCAUUAUGGUGGUUAUAAUUGCAGACCAAACUCUAAAGCCUCUGAGUAUGAAGAAAUCGGUGGGCGUAAAAAGUAAAAAGGUUAGCACUGAUAUACCUAAUGAUCUUCUCUUUUCUAUUUUGUCAAAAUUGUCUCUUAAAUCUUUGAAGCGUUUUGAAUGUGUAUGCAAACCAUGGACCCUUUUGCUUAAAAACCCUAUUUUCACGAGAUUGUUAUGUGACAAUUUCUUACAUAAUUUCGAUAGUUAUUAUCAUGAUAGAUCUCUCUUUCUGAGUCAUCUCAAAACUAUUAAUUUUGACACCAAAUUUGUGUUGUAUUCUUAUUCUGGUGAGAGGUAUGAGAAUAUGACCAACUUAAAUUGGCCAAAUCCAUUUCAAGAAGAGGAUCCUAAUUUUGAUAUUUUGGGAUCUGGUAUUAUUAAUGGAGUUCUUUGUCUAAUUAGUUGCUCUCAUCAAAGUAUAAAAUUUGUAUUGUGGAACCCAACUACUGAAGAAUUCAAGGUUAUUCCUAAUAGCCCUUUUGAUUUCUUUGGAGAUAGAUUUGAAAUUAAUGAACGUGGUUUUGGCUAUGAUUGUGUUGGAGAUGACUAUAAGGUGAUCCGAGAGAUAACAUUUGAUCUAGAAAGUGACUAUGUCACUAAGAUUGCGUCAUUAGGGAAAAUAUCUCAUAACCCCUUUUGGGAGAUAUAUAGCUUACGAAGUAACUCUUGGAAGAAACUUAAAUUUGAUAUCCAUCAUGAAAAGAUAAACAAAGGAGUCUGCUUGGAUGGAGUGUGUCAUUGGUUAUGUGAAAGAACCUAUAAGGAUGAUAAAGGUAAUGAAAUAUAUUUGUUGUCAUUUUAUCUAACCGAUGAGGUAUUCCUUAUUACACCCAUAGAAGAUCAUACUUUUCAAUUAAGGACUACAACAAAAGAGUUAUGUGUGUUAAAUGGGUUCAUUGCUUUAAUCUCAACAAAUGAAGACAUGGUCUCUCUUCAAAUAUCGAUUUUUACCCCUUGCCUUACAUUGUCUAUCCGAUCGGAGUAGGAAAUAAGGGUGAUAUAUUAUUGUUAAAAGAGGAUAGAAAACUCAUCUCUUUUAAUUUAAGCACGGAACAAAUUGAAGAACUCAACUUUGCAGGAAAUCAUUUUUGUGGUACGACAAUACUCUACAAAGAAAGUCUUCGUCCGAUUUUGGGUUAGGAAACUACUCAAAGUGUCCUCCAAAUUGUGUAUCAAGAAACAAUUUGAUAUUGUAUGACUUUAGUAAUUUGAUUUUGAUGUUUUUAUUUCAUCUUA